AUUUACAAUUUCUUUAUUUACUUAUAUAUUUUUAACAUUAAAUAUUGGGAGGGGGCACUUGUCCACCCUUGUCUCCGUGUAGCGCCGUCACUAUAUGACAGUAUAUGAUCUAACUGAUCUAAGAGUACUACCACAACAGUAGUUCAGUCACUGAGUCACAGCCAUAGAAAAGAAAAAAGGUCACAGCAAUAUACACGAUGUUAUUUCGUUCAGCAGCAGCAGCUACAGCUGGAGUUAUCACAUCCCAUGAUAAGAACAAAGAAUUAAAAAAUAUAGUCUAAUCUACGGUUUUAUCGUGUAUUCUUUUUCUAUUACAUAAACUGUGACCUAUAAAUAUUGUUUGUUUUGUUAACAUUUUUCGUCUUGUUUACUUAAAACAUUAACGUAAUAUAAAGGUUUUUUCUAUUGUCAAUAUCGUUGUAGUUGGUGAAUCCCACACUCACACCCAAUAUUAUACGACGAUUUUUUUUUUUUUUGUAAAUUAUUUUAAAGGUUUACAUUAAUAAUAAUUACCUAUUUAAUUAUUAUUAUACUUUUGAGAUUGUGGCAGAAUCUUAUUCGAAACAUUUAUAACUUAACACUAAAUGUAUAUCCUGAACGAUACGUACGCGUAGGACUAAAUGAAUUAAUCCAUAACUGUUGAAUGUCGACAUAAUAUUAGUUAUUGACAUCUGUUGUGAUCCUGGAUAAGUAUAUUGAUUAAAAUGGCAGAAUACGUAGAGUACCGGCAAAAUAACAUGGACAAUAUUUUAAAUUUUAACUAUGGUGUUGAUUUAUUCCCAAGCGCCGGUCAAAACCCAGUCAUCAAGAAAAAUACUCCAGAAGUAGCGUUGAUUAAAUUAAAAAGGUUGCUCAGGAAUAAUGGAUUUGCUUUUCUAGCUGAAAAUAAUAAAGAAGCAUUCAUAUUAAUGUUCUUAUAUGCACGGAAAAUGAAUGAGAAUAAUGCAUUUGAUUUAAUUCGAAAUUAUUAUCAAUUUAGAAAGGAACAUGAUCCAUGGUUUCGUCGAUUAGAACCUUUUGAUCCAAAAAUUCAAAUGGCUAUUCAAGAUGGUUUCCCUUCUGUACUGUCAAAUUUGGAUAGACGAAGUCGUCGUGUUCUUUUUAUGGUUUGCUCCCAAUGGAAUACUGAACGUUAUUGUUUACUAACUAUAUAUAGAGCACUAUUAGUAUCUCUAGAACAUUUGAUCCAAGAUGUGAAUACUCAAUACAAUGGUUUUGUAUUUAUUGUUGAUUGGACUAACUUUACUGCUCGUCAAACAAUGAACAUCAGUCCUAGGUUGUUACAUGUUAUGCUACAAGGGUUACAAGACUGUUUUCCUGCAAAAAUCAAAGCUGUUCAUUUUAUCAAUCAACCGUGGUAUAUUGAUGGUCUAAUGUCUGUUAUUAAACCAUUUUUAAAAGAAAAAACAAAAAAUAAAAUAAUUUUACAUGGUUUGAAUUUAAAUACUCUACAUAAAUACUUUCCAAGAGAUAUUUUGCCUUCAGAACUUGGUGGCGAACAACCUCCAUAUGAUUCAAGGAUUUGGUUAAAAAGUCUUUUAGGGUCUUCUUUGGGUGUUGAUUUAUAAUUUUAUUUAUAACACUGAAACGUAAUGUACAUUUAUUUUCUUAGUGUGGACAGGACUAAAUAUCUAUAACUAUAUACUACAAAUAUAUUAUUAUAUAUUUAUAUGAUUUAAUACAGAUCAUUGUUGUUCUGUAACUAUCAAUUUAUUUAAGUUUCUGUUUGUUAUGUUGCACGUACAAUUUUAAAUUUUAUACUUUGUACUUUAUUAAUGUUAAACAUAGGUGGAGGUUUAAUUGAUUUCCAGAUAUGAAAAUAUUUAUAAGGUAUUGUUACUGAGUGAUAAACUGAUUUUAAUACAUCACAAUGUUUAUUAUUGAGUAUAAUUUUGUACAGACAUUUUUAUUUUUCUUAUAAUAACAUUAGGCUAAAAUUGUGAUACAUAGUAUGUCUAUUCCAAGAAUGUUUGGAUACCCAAAUAUAAGUUAAUAAUAUUGUUAAAUUACUUAAAUAAGUCAGUAUUAUAAUAUUAAAUAAAUGAACCAACAGGUGCUUUA